AUGCGUGAGAUUGUUCACCUCCAGACCGGUCAAUGCGGUAACCAAAUCGGUGCUGCCUUCUGGCAAACCAUCUCCGGCGAGCACGGCCUCGACGGCUCCGGUGUGUACAAUGGCACCUCGGACCUCCAGCUCGAGCGCAUGAAUGUCUACUUCAACGAGGCGUCUGGCAACAAGUUUGUUCCCCGUGCCGUCCUCGUCGACUUGGAGCCCGGUACCAUGGACGCCGUCCGCGCCGGCCCCUUCGGACAGCUCUUCCGUCCCGACAACUUCGUCUUCGGCCAGUCGGGUGCUGGUAACAACUGGGCAAAGGGUCAUUACACCGAGGGUGCCGAGCUGGUCGACCAGGUCCUCGAUGUCGUCCGUCGCGAGGCUGAGGGCUGCGACUGCCUCCAGGGUUUCCAGAUCACCCACUCGCUCGGUGGUGGUACCGGUGCCGGUAUGGGUACUCUUUUGAUCUCCAAGAUCCGCGAGGAGUUCCCCGACCGCAUGAUGGCCACCUUCUCCGUCGUGCCUUCCCCCAAGGUCUCCGACACCGUUGUCGAGCCCUACAACGCCACCCUGUCCGUCCACCAGCUUGUCGAGAACUCCGACGAGACCUUCUGCAUUGACAACGAGGCUCUGUACGACAUCUGCAUGAGGACUCUCAAGCUCAACAACCCCUCCUACGGUGACCUGAACCACCUCGUCUCCGCCGUCAUGUCGGGUGUCACCACCUGCCUGCGUUUCCCCGGUCAGCUCAACUCCGAUCUGAGGAAGUUGGCUGUCAACAUGGUCCCCUUCCCCCGUCUCCAUUUCUUCAUGGUCGGAUUCGCUCCCCUGACCAGCCGUGGCGCCUCCUCCUUCCGCGCCGUCACCGUUCCCGAGCUCACACAGCAGAUGUUCGACCCCAAGAACAUGAUGGCUGCCUCUGACUUCCGCAACGGUCGUUACCUGACCUGCUCCGCGUACUUCCGCGGUAAGGUCUCGAUGAAGGAGGUCGAGGACCAGAUGCGCAACGUCCAGAACAAGAACUCCUCUUACUUUGUUGAGUGGAUCCCCAACAACGUCCAGACCGCCCUCUGCUCGGUUCCUCCCCGUGGCCUCAAGAUGUCCGCCACUUUCGUCGGAAACUCUACCUCCAUCCAGGAGCUCUUCAAGCGUGUCGGUGACCAGUUCUCCGCCAUGUUCAGGCGCAAGGCUUUCUUGCAUUGGUACACUGGCGAGGGUAUGGACGAGAUGGAGUUCACUGAGGCUGAGUCCAACAUGAACGAUUUGGUCUCCGAGUACCAGCAGUACCAGGAGGCUUCCGUCUCCGAUGCUGAGGAGGAGUACGAGGAGGAGGCUCCUCUUGAGGGCGAGGAGUAA